CAACAGAACAGCCAAGCCCUAGAAUGUCCCGGGAGAGGCCACGGGGCACACUGGGGUUCAAGAAGCCAUGUCUUCCGACGCCCAGCCCUGACGCGGGCCGGGAAGGCAGGGGGCUUUCCUGCAAAGGCGCUCCCCAGCUGCGCGUGGGCUCACCUCUAGGCAGGGGGCGCCUCGGCCGCCGGGAGACACGGAUCCAGGGGCGGGCUCUGCGGGGCGCGCUCCUCCCACGCCGGUGUCGGGUUUACGGAACACAGCUCCCAGGCCGGACGCGCGGUGGCCUGACGGCCGCGAGGAUUCCAUUCGCCCGACCCGGCCCAGCUUGACCCUGCCCGGGCGCGCCAUGUUCGCGCGUGGGUCUCGGAGGCGCCGAUCGGGGCGUGCGCCUCCAGAGGCAGAAGACCCAGACCGGGGCCAGCCCUGCAACUCCUGCCGAGAGCAGUGCCCCGGCUUCCUGCUGCACGGCUGGAGAAAGAUCUGCCAGCACUGCAAAUGCCCGCGGGAGGAGCACGCAGUGCACGCCGUGCCUGUGGACCUGGAACGCAUCAUGUGUCGGCUAAUCUCUGACUUCCAGCGCCACUCCAUCUCGGACGAUGACUCAGGCUGUGCAUCAGAGGAGUAUGCCUGGGUACCCCCGGGCCUGAAGCCUGAGCAGGUAUACCAGUUUUUCAGCUGCCUCCCAGAGGACAAAGUCCCUUAUGUCAACAGUCCUGGGGAGAAAUACAGGAUCAAGCAGCUGCUGCACCAGCUGCCCCCCCACGACAGUGAGGCACAGUACUGCACGGCACUGGAGGAGGAUGAGAAGAAAGAGCUGAGAGCCUUCAGCCAGCAGCGGAAGCGAGAGAAUUUGGGGCGUGGCACCGUGCGCAUGUUCCCAGUGACUAUCACUGGGGCCAUCUGUGAGGAGUGCGGGAAGCAGAUUGGAGGCGGCGACAUCGCAGUGUUUGCCAGCCGCGCAGGCCUGGGCGCCUGCUGGCACCCGCAGUGCUUCGUGUGCACCACGUGCCGGGAGCUGCUAGUUGACCUCAUCUACUUCUAUCACGCUGGCAAGGUCUACUGUGGGCGCCACCAUGCCGAACGCCUGCGCCCACGCUGCCAGGCCUGCGAUGAGAUCAUCUUCUCCCCAGAGUGCACAGAGGCUGAGGGCCGGCACUGGCACAUGGGCCACUUUUGCUGCUUUGAAUGUGAAACUUCGCUGGGAGGCCAGCGCUAUGUCAUGCGUCAGAGCCGCCCCCACUGCUGCACCUGCUACGAGGCCCGCCACGCCGAGUACUGUGAUGCCUGUGGAGAGCACAUUGGCCUGGACCAGGGCCAGAUGGCUUAUGAGGGUCAGCACUGGCACGCCUCAGACCGCUGCUUCUGCUGUAGUCGCUGCGGGCGGCCCCUGCUGGGUCGCCCCUUCCUGCCACGCCGUGGCCUAAUCUUCUGCUCGCGAGCCUGCAGCCUUGGGGCCGAGCCUACAGCUCCAGGGCCCGGCCCCCGCAGCUGGAGCGAGGGCACGGUCACUGCACCGCUGGCAGCUGACACAGCCUCUUUUCCCGGCUGCUGCGGAGGGGGCGUCUGAGACCUCCUCCAAAGGCACCUGUACCGAGUCGGCGCCAGGCCGGUGCCGGCUCAGGACGCUGCCACUGAGACCCCCAAUUCCGGAUCCCCAUCAUUUCCCGGGGACUCACGGCCCAGGGUGCCUCGCCAGAGCCGAGACAAGAACUGCAUCGUGGCUUGAAGGCUCCAUUCUCCAGUGUCCAUGACCUCUGCCCUGCACCCCCCCACACACACAAUUUAAAGUCAAAAAUCCCCUUCCUCUUGCCUCCAUGUGUUUGUAUCAUUGAAGUAAUUUAAUAUUUGUUGUAAAAUA